UUGGUAGUAAUUCCCUGUGUAUUUAUCGUGUGCGAACCAUUUAUGUAUUCCGGUGGCCUUUGCUUCCCCUUCUUGUCCUAUAUACAUGACAAGGCUUAGCAGCGCAAAAGCUCGACAUCUCAAUAACUGGCUAGCUAUAAAUACGGCUCUCUCGACUCACUCUCAGUCUCACCAUCAUCAUCAUCAGUCAUUAUUCAUUAAUUCCAUUAACUUAAACCCCCAUUAUCAUUAUACAUUGCAGUCAAUAUGAAGUUUUCUAUUCCUCUUUCCUCGGCUAUGGCUAUGGCUAUGGCUAUGGCUAUGGCUACUCUUGGGAUUUCAGCGGCAACCCCAGAAGCCAACCCGUCGCGCGUCUGUGGUCGUCUUGGCGUCACCAUGGAUGUUAUUGAGACCAAAAAUAUGACUAGGGAGGAGCUCUCCAAUCUGCGCAUGUGCGCUGAACACCCUCUCGGCAAUAUCCGCCCUACCGAGGGCGAGUCGCUUGCUCCUAUGCCCGACCAGCCUAUCCCGAAGCCGGAGCUGAGUGUUCGUAAGGCUGACAAGUGCGAGUGGACGGCGCCCUACGGCUGCUCUGGGUAUUAUUGCUGGAAGUCUUGCGGAGCGCCUGGGGAUGGCCAGUGGUGCUGGACUGCCAACAACGGCGGAAAAGGCGCUUGGAACAAGUGUGUAACAUAUGCUGAUUGCGGUACCGAUGAUGUUACCUUUGGCUGCGGCGUCAACUGUUGGAAUGGUGGAAGCUGCGGCUGUAGCUGCUAAACAUCUUUAGUACUCUCUAAAUUUGAGAGGAUGAGUAUAGAGUCGAGUAAUAAAAGUCUCUAGCUUCUAUAUAUGUCGGAAUUAUAUAAGAUUUCCGCUACAAGCUGUAUUUUAAUUAAU